CCUACGUUCCUCACACCAUAGCCCAGUGUCUACCCUGCAUGGAUGGGAGCCCGUGAACAGGCCGACGUGCCACACAUUUCUGCAGGCCACAGUGACUUCACGUGUCUGUUUUCGGACCUUAGCCUGCUGCCAGGAAUGGCCCUCUCAGUGGACUCCUCUUGGCACCGGUGGCAGUGGCGGGUCAGGGACAGGUCCCCACAGUCUCCAUCGGAAACCACACCCCUGCUCUCUCCAGAGAAGGGGAGGCGGAGCUACAACCUGACACAGCAGCGGGUCGUGGUCCCCAACAACAGCACCUUCCACCGGGACUGGGAAAAGGUCUCCAAGAGCUACCUCGGCAACAGAAUCUGCACCACCAAGUAUACCCUCUUCACCUUCCUGCCCCAAAAUCUCUUUGAGCAGUUUCACAGAUGGGCUAACCUCUAUUUCCUGUUCCUGGUGAUUCUGAACUGGAUACCCUCCAUGGAAGUCUUCCACAGGGAAAUCACCAUGCUGCCACUGGUCAUUGUCCUGUUCAUCAUCAUGGUCAAAGACGGCGUAGAGGACUUCAAGCGACACCGCUUUGAUAAAGAGAUAAACUGUUCCAACAUUCGAAUAUAUGAAAGAAAACAGCAGAGCUACGUGAAGAAGCGCUGGAAGGACGUGCGCGUGGGAGACUUCAUCCAAGUGCAAUGCAACGAGAUCAUCCCAGCGGAUAUCCUCCUCCUCUUUUCCUCGGACCCCAGCGGGAUAUGCCACCUGGAAACCGCCAACUUGGAUGGAGAGACGAACCUCAAACAAAGGCGUGUUGUGAGGGGCUUCUCACAGCAGGAGGUGCAGUUCGAACCAGAACAUUUCCGCAACACCAUCGUGUGCGAGAAGCCCAACAACCACCUCAACAAAUUCAAGGGUUAUAUGGAGCAUCCUGACCAGACCAGGACUGGCUUUGACAGUGAGAAUCUUCUGCUUCGAGGCUGCACCGUCAGAAACACCGAGGUGGCUGUUGGCAUUGUCAUCUAUGCAGGCCAUGAGACAAAAGCCAUGCUGAACAACAGCGGCCCCCGGUACAAACGCAGCAAGAUUGAGCGGCGCAUGAACACUGACAUCUUCUUCUGCGUCGGGCUUCUCUUCCUCAUGUGCCUCAUUGGAGCUGUAGGUCACAUCCUCUGGAAUGAGACCUUUGAAGAACGCCCUCCCUUUGACGUGCCAGAAGCCGACGGCAACUUCCUUCCCUCUGCCCUUGAGGGUGUCUACACGUUCCUGUCAAUGAUCAUCCUGCUCCAGGUGCUCAUCCCAAUCUCUCUGUACGUCUCCAUUGAGCUGGUGAAGCUCGGGCAAGUAUUCUUCCUGCACAAUGACCUCGACCUGUAUGAUGAAGAGACCGAAUCGUCCAUUCAGUGUCGAGCCCUCAACAUCACUGAGGACCUGGGCCAGAUCCAGUACAUCUUCUCGGACAAGACAGGAACCCUGACAGAGAACAAGAUGGUGUUCCGGCGCUGCACCAUCAUGGGCAGCGAGUAUUCUCACCAAGAAAAUGCCAAGCGACUGGAAACCCCAAAGGAGCUGGACUCAGACAGUGAAGAGUGGACCCAAUAUCAAUGCCUGUCCUUCCCAACCAGAUGGGCCCAGGGUCCAGCAACUAUAAGAAGCCAAAGAGGUGCCCAGCCCCUGAGGAGGUCCCAGAGUGCCCGGGUGCCCAUCCAGGGUCACUCCCGACAAAGGUCCAUGGGACGCUGUGAAAGCUCGCAGCCUCCAGUGGCCUUCAGCAGCUCCAUAGAAAAAGACGUGACUCCAGAUAGAAACCUACUGACCAAGGUUCGAGAUGCUGCCCUGUGGCUGGAGACCUUGUCAGACAGCAGACCCACCAAGCGUUCCCUCUGCACCGCCUCCUCCAUUGCUGACUUCUUCCUCGCCCUAACCAUCUGCAACUCCGUCAUGGUGUCCACAACCACCAAGCCCAGGCAGAGGGUCAGCAUCCCACCCUCAUCCAAGGCUCUGGGGAUGUCCCUGGAGAAGAUUCAUCAGCUCUUCCAGAGGUUGAAGCUAUCAAGCCUCAGCCAGUCAUUCUCGUCCACUGCGCCCUCUGACACAGACCUGGGGGAGAGCCUGGGGGCCAACGCGCCCACCCCAGACUCGGAUGAGAGAGACGAUGCGUCUGUGUGCAGUGGAGGCUACUCUACCGACGGUGGCUACAGGAGCAGCAUGUGGGACCAAGGUGACAGUCUGGGUUCUGGGGCGGGCACACCUGCGGAGGAGGUGCUGGAAGCCCCAGCUCCAGGCCUGGCUGGGCCCGAGCUCUGUUACGAGGCCGAGAGCCCUGACGAGGCGGCCCUUGUGCACGCUGCCCAUGCCUACAGCUUCACACUGGUGUCCCGGACGCCUGAGCAGGUGACCGUGCGCCUGCCCCAGGGCAUCUGUCUCACCUUCGACCUCCUCUGCACCCUGGGCUUUGACUCCGUCAGGAAGAGAAUGUCUGUGGUUGUGAGGCACCCCCUGACUGGGGAGAUCAUCGUCUACACCAAGGGCGCUGACUCAGUCAUCAUGGACCUGCUGGAAGACCCAGCCUGCGUGACUAACAAGGAUGUGGAAAAGAAGCUGAAGAAAAUCCAAGCCCGGACCCAAAAGCACCUGGACUUGUAUGCAAGGGAUGGUUUGCGCACGCUGUGUAUCGCCAAGAAGGUCAUAAGUGAAGAGGACUUCCAGAAGUGGGCCAGUUCCCGGCAUGAGGCCGAGGCAUCCCUCGAAAAUCGAGAUGAGCUUCUAAUGGAGACAGCACAGGAUCUGGAGAAUCAACUCACCUUACUCGGAGCGACUGGGAUCGAAGAUCGGCUGCAGGAAGGAGUUCCAGACACAAUCGCUGCUCUGCGGGAGGCUGGCAUCCAGCUCUGGGUCUUGACUGGAGACAAGCAGGAGACAGCGGUCAAUAUCGCCUAUUCCUGUAGACUCUUGGAUCAAACUGACACUGUUUACACCAUUAAUACAGAGAAUCAGGAAACCUGUGAAUCCAUCCUCAAUUGUGCAUUGGAAGAGGUCAAGCAAUUUCACGAACCAAUUUCACAGAAGCCAGACCGCAGGCUCUUUGGGUUCCGCCCGUGUUCCAAGACACCGUCCACCAGCUCAGGGGCCAUGGUUCCAGAAGUUGGACUGGUCAUUAAUGGGAAGACACUGAAUGCCAUUUCCCAGGGAAAGCUGGAGAAGAAGUUCCUGGAGUUGACCCAGUACUGUCGGUCUGUCCUGUGCUGCCGCUGCACCCCACUCCAGAAGAGUAUGAUCGUCAAGCUGGUGCGAGACAAGCUGAGCGUCAUGACGCUUGCCAUAGGUGAUGGAGCCAAUGAUGUAAGCAUGAUUCAAGCUGCUGAUAUUGGCAUUGGCAUAUCUGGACAGGAAGGAAUGCAGGCUGUCAUGUCCAGCGACUUCGCCAUCUCCCGCUUCAGGCACCUCAAGAAGCUGCUGCUGGUGCACGGUCACUGGUGCUACUCACGCCUGGCCAGGAUGGUGGUGUACUACUUCUACAAGAACGUGUGCUACGUCAACCUGCUCUUCUGGUACCAGUUCUUCUGUGGUUUCUCUGCCUCUACCAUGAUCGACAACUGGCAGAUGGUCUUCUUCAAUCUCUUCUUCACCUCUGUGCCGCCUCUCAUCUUUGGAAUCCUGGACAAAGACAUCUCUGCAGAAACCCUCCUGGCACUGCCGGAGCUGUACAAGAGUGGCCAGAACUCCGAGUGCUAUAACCUGUCAAUUUUCUGGAUUUCCAUGGUGGAUGCGUUCUACCAGAGCCUCGUCUGUUUCUUUAUCCCUUACCUGACCUACAAGGACUCUGAUAUCGACGUCUUUAGCUUUGGGACACCAAUUAACACCAUCUCCCUCACCACAAUCCUCUUGCACCAGGCGAUGGAAAUGAAGACGUGGACCUUUAUCCACGGGCUAGCCCUCCUAGGCAGCUUCCUGUUGUACUUUGUGGUAUCCCUGCUGUACAACGCCACCUGCGUCGUCUGCAACAGCCCCACCAAUCCCUACUGGGUGAUGGAAAACCAGCUCUCAGACCCCACUUUCUACCUCGUCUGCCUCCUCACACCGGUUGUGGCUCUUCUCCCAAGGUACUUUUUCCUGUCUCUCCAAGGGACCUAUGGGAAGUCUCUUAUCUCAAAAGCUCAGAAAAUUGACCAACUCCCCAUGGAUAAAAGAGACCUAGAAAUCCAGAGUUGGAGAAGCAGACAGAGGCCCGCCCUUGUCCCUGGUGUGUCGGGGCCCACCCACCAUCCAGCACCACCUGGCCCAGAACAGGCCUUCAGAGCCAGCACCCCAAGGAGCUCCAGCCCUCCCAAGCAGAAGCACAUUGAACACUGGGUGCUCCAUGGGCAGAGAGGCAGCAGAGAGCACAUGAAAGAUGACCCAUGCUCAAUGGACUCCUCUGCUAAACUGUCAUCAGGGGAACACCUUCUGGGGCCUAACAGGACAAUGGCACCCAGACCCUACCCAAGUGGACAGACCAACAUGUCCCGGCGCUCAAAGAGCAGCAGCCAUCGCCGAUCUCAGAGUUCUCUGACCAUAUGAGGGGGCUGCAGAACUCUGUGCAAACUCAGCAGAGGCUACCGAAUCAUGGGCCCGGGUAACCCUUGACCCUUCCUCUUCAUAGGGGAAAGAAUGUGCCAGUCUUAAUCUUUUCUCCCCACCAGGCUUGACUUCCUUGGAGGAAGUGCUGGCCGUCAGGGCUUUGACACAAAAAGACUGGAAAACCUGUCGGUCUCCAGUUUUCUGCCACUUCCAGGCAGUCCAUGUUGCAAAGAGCAGUUUGUAUAAGGAGGCUAUGUUUCUGUUGCAUUGAGUUAUCAAAUUUUUUAGCCCAGAGACAUUCUUCUGACCCUCCAGAUAAGUACAGCCUAUGACCCAAUGCAACUGGACCGUAAGCUUCCAAGGUCCUAGGAAGUGCAUCAACCCAGGCAAUAUCUCAGGAUAUGGAAGUUACUGGGCUUGUCAAACCAUCACUUCACCCCGUGGUGCCAAGGGUUAAAGUUUCAGAAGAGACCCAUGUAUACAAGGGCUUCAUCUCAAGUGUGGGCUCUGAUGGCCAAGUCAGUGUUAACAUCCCUUCCACUCACAGAGAGGUGGGUCUGCUUUUUGUCUCUAAGCCAAAGAAAAACCACAUCUAAAGAUGAAAAGUGGAUUUGAACUCAGUGUCACAGACACUUCUGGGGGUUGUAGAGUCACAGCUAGUGUAGGAGGCGAGAAGAAUAGACUUGCUGGAGGGAACAGGUGCAUGGAGACCCCUGUUUUAGCUAAUAGACCAUAUGUCUCACCAUCUGGGAAAUCUGCCAAGAGGACACAGGCAGCACUCUUUUUUAAAUCUAUUUAUUGUAUUUAUUUUUAAAUAAAAUUACCCAUCCUCAUUCAGUUCUUAGAAUUUAAAAAAAAACCCUCUAAGAUCAGGAGAUUAGCAUAUCUGCGCCCAGAAUAGGCCCACAUGAUGGAGCAACUCUGAGCUCAAACAGUGACAUCUUCGAGGGUAGGGCUGGCUUUAAACCCCAUUCAUUCGGCCUAUCCCAGAAUACCACCUCCUGGAAGACACUAGCACAUGCUUCAGUUAAAUAAGGGGAGUCAGAGUUUCACUUCACAGGGAGGGAAUGAUUACACAGGCUUCUUAUCCCUAGAGGUCAUAAAUGCUGAAGAUGUAAAAGAGUUCAAAACAGUCUUUAAAGAAAAAAAUAGACAACGGAAUUCUCAUGGGCUGUCCAGAGAAACCAAGUUUCUGUGGGCAGGGAGACCCUGUCCCUAGUCUUUUCAGAUAAGUCAGGGAGGGUUACUGAGCCCUCCCUCCUUAAGGUUGUGCCUAUAAAGCAAGAGGAAAAGGGAUGGAUAUGAGUGUGGCAGGUCUUUGAGCCCAAGAGUCAUAGCCACCAGCCACGAGUUGGCCAAUCACUUGGGUAGCUCCUCAGCAAAGGUGCCAAAAACCAGUCAACAAUCCAGUUGGCAAAUGACAGACUGGGCUGGCCCUCUGACCGUCUUCCUGGCAAACCUGGACUGGAGGGGCUAUUUGGAGCAUCAUCCUGGAGCCGGUACACCUACUCUCUCUCACUGCCUCUGCCACGCAGCGAUGCCAGCGCCAGCAGGCUGGUGGGUAUUCGGGGGAAUCCUACCUGAAGGUUGCCAAGGGAGGCACAGGGAAAACCACCAGGCAAAGCAAUGACGAUAUGAAUUGUUCCAAGUGAGGGGACUGAGUCAGAUCUUGGAUCUUAGGGCCCCUCUUUCCCCUGACGAUUCCUGCCUAUUACCAAAAGCCAGUAAGAGCCAGGUGGGAUGUUUCAGAAAGGAACAGAACAGCGGCCUCAGGAGACCUGAGUUUGCGCCUUUGCUCUGCCUCUGUUCUCUCCAGGAUCCAGGAUCCCACACCCUCGAAUUAGGUUAGAACUGCCCUACCUCCCAGGCUUGGCAUAAGGAUCAAUUCAAAAUUGCAGGAAACCCAGUGGUGACAACCCUUUGAAAGCUGUAAUACCCUCAGUAAUAACACAAGAGAUUUUUAUUUCAGAAUUAAGAGAGAGAAAGAGGUGAUGGGAAAGUUGAAAAAAAAAAUGUCUGAUCCCUCUUCCUAAAUUCCAAACUACCCGACGUUCUGAUGCUGCUCUUUUUCUUACGUGACCAACCGUCCCAGUUUCCCUGGGCCUUACUCAUUUUCACAAAGUUCCACAUCCUGGGAAACUGGGUCAACUGUCACAACUGGUCACCAACUCUUGCCCCUCUUUGUAAAUCAACUAUGACCAUCCAAUGUGCCAUCUUAGGGGGGAAACUUAUAGCUGUUUCCCUAUAACAUAAUGCUAAUGAUUAUACUUAGAACAUUUUUAUACUUUUAUGAUGUUUUACUGAUUGGAAAUAAGUCAUCCUUUAUUAAAGAAAUAAACAUGGUUUUUCAGA